GUUUGCUCUCGUUCAAACAUGAGAAUAGAAACCUGUUUCAUUACAAGGAAAUUGUGACAAGCUCUAAGAACACAAGCUGCUUCUGAGCUAGUGAUGAGUUGUUGAGUAUUACAGAAAAAGAUGGAAGAGACCAAACCAUCUGUAAAAUGGUUCAUGGAAACCCAAUCUGACUGGUUUUUCCAAAAUGGGAUCCCUGAAUGGUUUCACGGAAUCAUCACAAGAAAGGAAGCGGAAACCCUACUGUCAAAUAAUAUUCCAGGAAGUUUUCUCGUCAGAGUUGGUGAAAGUCGUAUUGGAUACAGCCUAUCAUAUAGAACAGAGGAUCACUACAGGCAUUUCAUGAUCGAUGUAAUAGAAGGACACAAAUGCCGUAUUUCAGGAGACUCAACAAUUCACAAGUCGCUGGAAGAUUUAGUAACGUGUCACAUGCAUUAUCCUAUUUUACCAUACAAUGAAAUUUUAUCCCACCCAUGUGGACAGAAAACAAACUCAACAACUGAUUACCAUGAACUGUUUGAGCACAGGAAAUGUGAAAUUGCAACCUUACAAAAUCGCACUAAUGGUAUGCAAGUGAAACUCUGUUACCAGUAAAAAAAAUCUGGACUUCAUGGGAUAGCGACUAGAAAUUCACUAGGGACUAAUACUGAAAACAUGUGUCCACCUUUGCCACCCAGGAGAAAUAAAUCUGUGGACUGCAUUCCACAAGCACCUAACAUACAAGCUCUUCCACCUCAGGCUGUAAUGAGACUCUACCCGUGUUUACCCCAGGAAAUUCCUUUUGUUCCAAAUGGCUUUGUCCCGAUUUUAACAAAUGAACAAGCUAGCACAUCAAACAAUGGUCAAUCAAGGUUCCCUCCGAGCCCCAGUGCAGUAACAGGUUUUACAACAACAUCAGCAAUCAGUACACCUCAACACAACGGGAGUGAAGCCAUUGCCACCCAGAGCACAAACCAGUCAAUAGCAACACGCAUUAAACAAUUAAAUUUUGGACAUAUAAUGCCUAUGGGACAACUAAAACCUCAAAAAAACGCAGAGAAAAUCAUUCCUGAGGAGUAUAAACCACCUCCCCCAUUCGCUCCAGGAUUUUAGUAAACUAUCGAUGCUGCUAAAUUAUGGAAAGAUUGUAGAACCCAUGAGAUAUGUUUAUAUUUAUACUACAGGGCUGUUAAAUGCUUCAAUCUGAUUGGUUGACGAACGUUCUAAGCUGUGCAUUAUUUUCAGGGAGACGCACGGCUAAAGUAAUUCCAGACAGGUCUUGACAGUUGACAGUUGCGUAAGAAAUUAGUCCUACAUACAAGAGCAUUUUAAUGACAAAAACUUGAUAAACGUCUUGAAAUACAUCAU